AUGAAGAUUGGAUUUUACCCCCUCUGGGUAGUGGAGAAUGGAAGAAGCACUACUUCCAGAGGAUUCACUUCAUCAGACAAUCCAAAAAACCAUCCUUGUGAAAAGGCCAAGCCAAGAGAGGUAUUGGAUCAUCAGAGACCACUGAUUCUCUUGCUUCAUGGAGCUGCAUUCAGCUCAAGCACAUGGAUGGAAAUCAACACCCCUGCACAUCUAGCCAGUCUUGGAUAUCAUGUAGUGGCAGUAGAUUUGCCAGGAGCAGUACAGUCAAAGACCACAGCCAAGCAACUGCCAUCUUCCCAAAAAGGAGAGUUCUUGAAAGAAUUUGUUGAUAAACUUAAAUUCAAAAGAGUUGUGGUUGUUGCUCCCUCCAUGAGUGGUUCAUAUGCCUUCCCUUUUCUCAGGGACCAUGAGGAGUAUUUUGCUGGUUUUGUUCCAGUUGCCCCCAUCUCUGAUAGUUUGAUUGAUGAUGUGAAAUUGAAGAAAAUUAAUGUUCCUUCCCUUAUAAUUUAUGGCAGCAUGGAUCAACAAGGGGCUAAAGCGGAAGUAGAACUGGCCAAUCCAAGUCCCCAUGGUGGCCAGGUUCAGGAUCACUAG